GUCUUCAUAUGGGAGGGCGCGGGCCGCGUGCUGGUCAACCGGCAGCCGUUUGACCGCUACUUCCCGGACGUGCUGCAGCGCGCGGCGCUGCUGAAGCCGCUGAUGAUGACGGGCGCGCUGGGGCGCUUCAACGUAGCCAUCAAGGCGGGUCCACCGGGUGGCAGAGGGCCGGACGGGGCGGGGCGCGCCGUCCUGGGGGCGUCGACCGCAUGCAGGGCGCCGCGGCGAGCCUCCGCGGACCGGGCCCCCGUGGAUGCGCUGUGUGCAGUCCACCAGGUUGACGGCGGCGGCCGCUCGGGGCAGGCGCAGGCGUCGGCGCACGGCAUUGCGCGCGCGCUGCAGAAUUUUGACCCCGCGGCCUACCGCGCGCAGCUGAAGCGCGCGGGCGCGCUGAAGCGCGACAGGCGCAUGGUGGAGCGCAAGAAGCCCGGCCGCCCCAAGGCGCGCAAGGCGUUCGCGUGGGUCAAGCGCUGA